AUGAAUUUUGAAGAAGCUGAAGAUAUUAAUGGUGUUAGAUUUGCUUGGAAUGCUUUCCCAUCAACUAAAGCAGAAGCAGGUAAAAUUGUCGUUCCAACUGGUGCUUUAUAUACUCCAUUAAAACAAAGAGAAGAUUUACCAAUCGCAGGGUAUGAUCCAAUUUAUUGUACAAAUCAACAAUGUAAAUCAAUUUUAAAUCCUUAUUGUGCAGUUGAUCCAAAUGGUCAUUGGAGAUGUCCAUUAUGUCAACAUAGAAAUCCAUUACCAGCUCAUUAUCAUGGUUUAAGUCCUGAAAAUUUACCAUUGGAAUUACAAAAUCAAAGUUCAACAAUUGAAUAUGUUACAGCAAGACCAGUUCAAAAUCCUCCAAUUUUUACAUUUGUAAUUGAUUUAUGUCAAGAUGAAGAAAAUUUAAAAUCUUUAAUUGAAAAUAUUAUAGUUUCAUUAAAUUAUUUACCACCAAAUGCAUUAAUUGGUUUAAUUACUUAUGGUACAAUGGUUCAAGUUCAUGAUUUAGGUAGUGAAAAAGUUAAUAAAAGUUAUAUUUUUAGAGGUGACAAAGAAUAUAAUGAAAAACAAAUUAGUGACAUGUUAAAUAGACCUUUAAAUAUUCCACAACAACAACAACAACUACAACAACAACAUUUAAACCCACAAUUUGCAAAUAGUUUAACAAGAUUCUUUUUACCGUUGGAAGAUAUUGAAUUCCAAUUAACAUCGAUUUUAGAAAAUUUACAAUUAGAUCCAUGGUCAGUUGCAAAUGGUGCAAGAGCUUUAAGAUCAACUGGGUCUGCUUUAAAUGUCGCUACUAAUUUAUUAGGUUUGACUUAUCCUGGUUUCGGUGCAAGAAUUAUGUUAUUUAGUGCUGGUCCAGGUACUUUAAAUCCAGGUAUGAUUGUUGGAAAUCAGUUAAAAGAACCAAUUAGAUCACAUUCAGAUAUUGAUAAAGAUAAUGCAAAACAUUUUAAAAAAGCUACUAAAUUUUAUGACUCAAUUGCAAAUAAAGCUGUUAAAAAUAGUCAUACUAUUGAUAUUUUUGCAGGUUGUUAUGAUCAAAUUGGUAUGUUGGAAAUGAAAAAUUUAUGUAAUUUAACUGGUGGUACAUUAUUAUUAUCAGAUGCAUUUACAACAUCAAUUUUCAAAAGAUCAUUCUUAAGAUUAUUUAAUAAAGAUGAUGAAGGAUAUUUAUUAAUGGGUUUUAAUGGAUCAUUAGAAAUUAGAACAAGUAGAGAAAUAAAAGUUUCAGGAUUAAUUGGUCAUGCAUCAUCAUUAAAUGUUAAAACUUCAAAUGUAUCUGAAAAUGAAUUGGGUAUUGGUGGAUCUUCACAUUAUAGAUUAUGUUCAACAAGUCCAAGACAUACAUAUGCAAUUUUCUUUGAUGUUGCAAAUACAAUUCAAUUACCACCAAAUGCUCAAAGUUAUAUUCAAUUUAUAACUCAUUAUCAACAUUCAUCGGGAACUUAUAGAGUUAGAGUAACAACAGUUUCAAACUUUUUAACUUCAGAUGAACAAUCAUUAACUAAUUCAUUUGAUCAAGAAGCAGCCGCUGUUUUAAUGGCUAGAGUUACAUUAUUUAAGUCUGAACAAGAUGAUGGAGCAGAUGUAUUAAGAUGGAUUGAUAGAAUGUUAAUUCGUUUAUGUCAAAAAUUUGCUGAUUAUAGAAAAGAUCAAGAAGAAAGUUUUAGAUUAGGUCCGCAAUUUUCAUUAUAUCCACAAUUUAUUUAUUAUUUAAGAAGAUCACAAUUUUUACAAGUUUUUAAUAAUUCACCAGAUGAAACUGCAUUUUAUCGUCAUGUUUUAUUAACUGAAGAUACAACAAAUUCAUUAAUUAUGAUUCAACCAACCUUGACAAGUUUUUCAUUAGAUGGAGAACCAGAACCAGUAUUAUUAGAUUCAGUUUCAAUAAAAGAAGAUAGAGUUUUAUUAUUAGAUACUUAUUUUCAUAUUUUAAUUUUUAGAGGUAAAUUAAUUGAAUCUUGGAUUAAAGCAGGAUAUGAUCAAUUAGAUGAAUAUGAAAAUUUAAGAGAAUUAUUAGAAGCUCCAAAAGAAGAAGCUGCUGAAUUAUUAGGUGAUAGAUAUCCAUUACCAAGAUUUAUAUCAACAGCAGAUGGUGGUUCACAAGCUAGAUUUUUAUACAGUAAAUUAAAUCCAUCAACAACUUAUAGUUCAAGUGAUAUUGGAUUAAGUGGACCUGGCGGUGCCAUUGUAUUAACUGAUGAUGUCUCAUUACAAGUAUUUAUGGGUCAUUUACAAAAAUUAGUAACAAGUGGAAGUUCGUAG